AGCGAUAUAGACCACAUUCUAGUAGCAGAUAUAAACCAAAUUCUAGUAGCAGAUAUAGACCAAAUUCUAGUAGCAGAUAUAGACCACAUUCUAGUAGCAGAUAUAAACCACAUGCUAGUAGCAGAUAUAGACCACAUUCUAGUAGCAGAUAUACACCACAUUCUAGUAGCAGAUAUAAACCACAUUCUAGUAGCAGAUAUAAACCACAUGCUAGUAGCAGAUAUAACACCACAUUCUAGUAGCAGAUAUAGACCACAUUCU